GCGUCCAUAAGGAGCCGUUAUGUUCCUCUGUUUCUGAAAUGUGGUAGAAAAGUACUGCCCUGCUUCGAAUUUAGGAGACGAUGCAGCAAGCAGCUGACCACCAAGGCUGCCUGCAAGGGAGCGCCGGCCACGGGCGGCGUGAAAAAGCCCCCCUGCUACCCGGCUAGCACGGUGGCCCUGCGCGAGAUUCGUGACUACCACAAGUCCACCGAGCUGCUGAUCCGCAAGCCGCCAUUUCAGCGACUGGUGCUCGAGAUCCUGCAGGGCUAGACCGAACUGCACUUCUAGAGCUCGGUCUCGGUAGCGGUGGAGGAAGGGUGCGAGGCCCACCUAGUGGGGCUCUGCAGAGACAGCAAUCUGUGCAUCAUCGAUGCCAAACGCAUCACCAUCGGGCUCAAGGGCAUCCAGCCCCGCUACAGAUCAACGGAGAUCUUCAUGACACCAUAGUCUACCCCGCCCAAAGCUGUCUGUCAGAGCCACAUACAUUUUUCCAAAGAGUACUUAUGCUGUGAGCCACUCCGCUCACCGCCACCUUUAGUUUUGCUAAAUGAAAUGAGUAAAAUGUUGGGAUUACAUCUGUAGGUGUGACACCAUUCUGGAGCCCAGGAAAGAUCUCUCGUGUUUGGGAUGCGCCUAAAAUCUGAAGAGCCGUUGCCUAAGGAGAAUUUGGCAAGGUAGUUAUUUCUAACAAAGUCCGAACCAAUCAAGACGUUUGAGGAAAUAUUUACCAUAACUAUUGCCAUUGAAAUGUAAAGUUGCUAAUCACAUAGGCUGUUAAACUUCUGCCUCACAGACUUAAAAAUGUGUGUGGGGUAAGGAAAAUAUAAAUGAGGUUAGGGUAUGGUUCCACAAAGGGGCUGUUUAUAAGUGUUGGAGGCUCCUGACAGAAACUGAGGCCUCUCAGCAAAUCUAACAUGGUUAUCUAUGGAAAAGGGCUAUUUAAUGUGACAUUACAAGUAACUUCUGUUGUUUUUGUAACUAAAUAAGGAAUACCCCUGCCAAUGGUGUUUAUUGCCUAGGUUGCACAAUCUUGCCUCCUACUCUGCUCACUGAACUCCUUUAACCAAUGUCAUCUGAAAAAAAAGGCGUACUUUUUUUUUCUUGAAUAUCAUAGACACCUUUGACUGUGUGGUGACAUUUAUGGAAAACCUUCUCAGAAUGUUUUAAGUGUAUAAAAGGAAAAAUUGCAAAAGAAAAUUAUUACAUUACAGUUAUCAAAGUAUUUUUAAAAAUAAAUUUGAUAGAAGACAUACGUGCUUAUAUAGUUAGCACAUUACAGAAUACAGUCUUUUGGUGAGCUUAAUAAAUGCCAUCAGUAAUUAAAUGAGUAUAAAUGAUGGUUCAGGAUAACUCAUUGUUAUGAGAAAUAAGACAUCUGUGAUUUCCGUUGGGUAACAAAGUAACAGGUACUGAGGUUUGUGACCUAAAUUCAUAAUAAACUAAAAUGCCAAAGUUCA